AUGUCUUCACUGACAGAGAAGGACAGACCAAUUGUUCAGCUCUUGCUCAGCACUGGCACUUGCCCACGAUGCAUUUUGAGGUUCUGCCGCGUGGGAUCACAGAUGCUUUACAGACAUCCACACGAGGAUUUGAUGAAGGAUUUGCAGGAAUUUCUGAAGAGCAGUCAGGAAAAGGAAGACACAGUCUGUUUGGAUGUGGCUGACCCACCUUGUAAGAGAAUCAGACUUGAACAUGGGGAAGAAGGAGCUGAUGAACUGAACUACAACGGAGCUAUCCCACAGCUUCCCUCAGCUGGUGAUGGGAAUUCUGCAACAGAGAGCCCAGCUUUGAAGGUUUGCAAUGUGUGUUUGGGAAUUCUGCAGGAGUUCUGCGAGGCUGACUUUGUUAAAAAGGUGUGCCAAAAAGUUAAUUCUGCUGACUACCAGUUCACCAGUUUUGUAUUUUCUGUGUCACUACCCCCACAGCUAUCUGUCAGGGAGCGUGCUGCUUGGCUGGGGGUGAAGCAGCAGAUGAGAAAUCUGGGCCUUCCCUUGGCAAAGGAUGACAUCAUUCAGCUGAAAGAAGCUUAUAAGUGGAUUAUUCAUCCCCAGUUGUCAGAAGAGUUGGGUGUUCCUGCUGAUGGAAAGAGUCUGUUUGAAGUUAGCGUGGUCUUUGCUCACCCAGAAACAGAUGAGGAGUGCCAUUUCCUAGCCACAGCGUGCCCAGACUGUUUCAAACCAGCGAAGAACAAACAGUCUGUUUUCACCAGAAUGGCAGUUAUAAAAGCCCUGGAGAAGAUAAAAGAAGUGGAUUUUCUCAAGCAUUUUCCAUGUCCCCCAAGUUCACCAAAGAACCUCUGUGAUGCUCUGGAAAUUCAGUGCAAUAAUGGUGCAAUUUUUGUGGCUGGAAGAUACAACAAAUAUUCCAGGAAUUUACCUCAGACUCCCUGGAUUAUUGAUGGGGAGAGGAAGCUGGAAUCCUCAGUGGAAGAAUUAAUUUCAGAGCACCUCAUGGCAGAAUUCAAGGCAGACAGCUUUAAUUUUAGUUCCUCUGGAAGAGAAGAUGUGGAUGUAAGGACACUAGGCAAUGGAAGGCCCUUUGCGAUCGAGCUGGUGAAUCCUCGCAGGAUACAUUUCACCGCCGAGGAGAUGAGGAAGCUGCAGCAGGCAAUUAAUGACUCUUCAGACAAAAUACAGGUUCGAGAUUUGCAGCUUGUCACCAGAGAGGCAAUUGGUCGUAUGAAGGAAGGUGAAGAGGAGAAGACAAAGACCUACAGUGCCUUGAUAUGGACAGACAAAGCAAUACAGAGAGAAGAUAUUGCGUUUCUGGAUGAUAUCAAGGAGUUGAAGCUGGACCAGAAGACGCCUCUGCGGGUGCUGCACCGGCGGCCUCUGGCUGUGCGCUGCCGGCUCAUCCACACCAUGAAAUCCGAGUACAUUGAUGAGCACCACUUCCGCCUGCACCUCAAGACUCAGGCAGGAACCUACAUUAAAGAGUUUGUGCAUGGAGACUUUGGGAGAACAAAGCCCAACAUUGGGUCCCUUCUGAACAGAACUGCUGACAUUCUGGAGCUGGAUGUAGAAUCUGUUGAUGUUGACUGGCCUCCAACCCUGGCUGAUUAA